UUGUGUUUGGAAUGCGAGAAAAAAAGAAGGAAAAGAAAGGAAACUGCUUUCCUCCUCUAGAACUCUCUUUAUUGUUUCCAGAAAAUUAUCUUUCCCAACGUAGAAGAAGCCUGGACGACGAUGAAUCAAAGGUGCUUUAACUAUUUAGGUACCUAGUUCAAGAGUUGUUCCAGAGUUAUUUGCUUUUUAGAAUUUGAAGGUCGAAUCUGGUAUACAUUCUGGCAAUGGCUGCUUCAGAAGCGUUUGUACAAGUUAUGUCCAGUUCAUUUCCUCGCUUUAAUGGAUGUAAUUCAUCCGUUUGCAAUGUAAAUGGAGUUCUUUCAAUUGAAUCAGCAACGAAAGGUAGAAGGAAAAGAAGUUUGGCCUGCCAUCAAGGGGUCAAUGCUUCGAGAACCACACAGAAUGGCUUGAGAGUUUCUGCAGUAGAGGGAACAAAUGGUGUCUUUCUUAGAAAAUUUGAUGCUAAUAGGUCGGACUCCACGAGCUGCAAAUGUCAACCGGCUAAAAGUGCUAGUGGGAUACCCUCGGAAGAGGAGAGUAAAUUGCGGUUUAAGGAUGAAGCAGAUAGACCAACAUCACUUCCAAUUAAUGGCGUAGCUUGUUCACCCAGUAUUGAUGAACACAAGGAGAAACCUGAAUCAAAUGGUAAACUGGGUGCAGCAGGAACCAUUAUAGACAAAUUGCAUGAUGUUAGGGCAAAUCUAAUCGAGGAGGAAGCUUGGAGUUUGCUGCGGGCUUCUAUCGUUUAUUACUGUAAUAAUCCUAUUGGUACUAUUGCUGCUAACGACCCGAGCAGCACUAGUACUCUGAACUAUGAUCAAGUCUUCAUCCGUGACUUCAUACCUUCUGGAAUAGCUUUUCUUCUAAAGGGAGAAUAUGAUAUUGUUAGGAACUUCAUACUUCAUACCCUCCAGUUGCAGAGCUGGGAGAAAACUAUGGAUUGCCAUAGUCCUGGUCAAGGGCUAAUGCCUGCCAGUUUCAAAGUUCGCACUGUUCCUCUUGAUGGUGAUGAUUCAGCAACUGAAGACGUUUUAGAUCCCGACUUUGGUGAAGCUGCAAUUGGCCGUGUUGCUCCAGUUGACUCUGGGUUGUGGUGGAUUAUAUUGCUACGAGCAUAUGGAAAGUGCUCUGGAGAUCUCUCAGUGCAAGAGAGAGUUGAUGUGCAAACAGGGAUAAAAAUGAUUUUAAAGCUGUGUCUUGCUGAUGGUUUUGAUAUGUUUCCAACUUUAUUGGUCACAGAUGGCUCUUGCAUGAUAGAUCGUCGCAUGGGAAUUCACGGCCACCCAUUGGAGAUUCAGGCACUGUUCUAUUCUGCUUUACUUUGUGCUCGUGAGAUGCUUACUCCAGAGGAUGCAUCUGCUGAUCUUAUGCGGGCACUUAACAAUCGUCUAGUUGCUUUAUCCUUCCAUAUCAGAGAGUACUAUUGGAUUGAUAUGAGAAAAUUGAAUGAGAUUUAUCGAUACAAAACUGAGGAAUACUCAUAUGAAGCUGUGAAUAAGUUUAAUAUCUACCCCGAUCAAAUUCCUACCUGGUUGGUGGAGUUUAUGCCUGGUAAAGGAGGCUAUUUGAUUGGAAACCUGCAGCCUGCUCACAUGGACUUCCGUUUCUUUUCUCUUGGAAAUUUAUGGUCGAUUGUAAGUAGUCUUGCAUCACAGGAUCAAUCACAUGCCAUAUUGGAUCUCAUCGAGGCAAAAUGGGCCGAACUAGUGGCAGAAAUGCCUUUCAAAAUAUGCUAUCCUGCCCUUGAAGGCGUGGAGUGGCGGAUUGUCACUGGCUGUGAUCCCAAGAACACUCCUUGGUCCUACCACAAUGGAGGUUCUUGGCCAACAUUACUUUGGCAGCUUACCGUGGCGUGCAUAAAGAUGAAUAGACCUGAAAUCGCAUUGAAAGCUCUCAAAGUUGCUGAGAAACGCAUAUCUAGUGACAAGUGGCCUGAAUACUAUGAUACCAAGCGAGGACGAUUUGUCGGGAAGCAGGCACGGCUGUUCCAAAAUUGGUCGAUUGCCGGAUAUCUCGUGGCAAAGCAUCUCUUAGCCAAUCCAAGCGCAGCAAAUAUCCUUGUGAAUGAAGAAGAUUCAGAGCUUAGGAAUGCAUUCUCUUGCAUCAUCAAUGCUAGCCCAAGGAAACGGCGUGGAUGGAAAAAACAUAGCUUUAUAGUGUGAGUAUUACAUUGCGAAGCGAAGAGGGAUGUUGUUCAAAUUCGAGUCUCUCUUCCAAUUUUGAAGCCUUUGGACGAGUGAAUGUAUGAGGAGACAAGAGUUCUCAAGUGUGUUGACUGGAAGAAACAAAAAGAGUUCUUGUAAAUUGGUAAUGUAAUAGGGAAGAAGGUAUUUUUUUUUAUUUUUUGGUCAGAAAGACUACUUGUAUAUUGAUAAUGUAGCAUUAGAAAUAAUAAGCAAUAUGCCCCUUUCCGGGAUGAGUUUUUCCCGCUCUUUA